AUGUUUGCCGACGACUUGAAGCUCUUUAGGAAAAUUGAUAACUUAUCUGACUGUUCUACGCUCCAGAAUGAUCUCAACAACCUGGUCUCCUGGUUUAAUAAUAUUGGUCUUCAGUUUAAUGUAAACAAAUGUCAUUCCAUGUCAUUUUUAAGACACCGCUCCCCUAUCAACUAUGCUUACUCCAUCAAUGGUUCUAGUGUAACAUCGGUUUGCAGUAAGAAAGACCUAGGUAUUAUCUUUAAUUCCGAUCUCAAUUUUCACUCCCACACUGAAAUGAUAUGCUGCAAAGCCUUAAAAACGCUUGGGUUUGUAAUGCGCAUAUCAAAGGAGUUCAAUCUAUCUUCUUCAUUAAAAACUAUAUACUGCUCAUUGGUCCGUUCACUUUUAGAGUAUGCAUCGGUCCUAUGGGACCCUUAUACGGUAUCUGACUCAUGUCAAUUAGAACGUGUUCAGAGACGGUUCUUAUCUUGCGCAGCUUUUCUCUUAAAAAUAAAUCAUCCUCCCCACGACUAUUUCUUAGUUAUGCAGGAACUCAGCCUCAUUUCACUGGCCGACAGGCGAGUUAACUCUAACAUAGAGUUUCUGAAUAAACUAGUCGAUGGUCGUAUAGAUGCUCCCUCACUUCUCACGAUAGUCAAUUUCAAAGUUCCUUCCCGUACUACUAGAUACCAUGCUCCUUUCGUUGUUCCUGCGCACACUACCAAUUAUGGCAGAAACAAUCCGUUAGACCGCAUGAUGCGGCUGGCCAAUGAGAGCACCGUUCAUCAAAACUGA